GAUUAAGGACUCUGUCUGUGGAUCAGGUCUGGAUUAAGGACUCUGUCUGUGGAUCAGGUCUGAGCUGGUGUGACUGAGACUACGAUGAAACACCUGAACAACGGAAGAGCUUUGACUCUGGUGCUGGUGGCUGUGCUGCUGGGAGUGCUGUGCUACUACAUCACUCCGUCCUUCAGAGGCAUUAAGCUCUUCAAGGAGAACGACAUCAGACAAGAGAACAGACUGGAUGCUGAUGUCAUCCAUGUGAGUCGUGAGUUCCACCUGGUGGCUCCUGAUCAUCUGCAGUACAAACAGCCGAGCAUCGUACACGGUAGUCGUACCGAUGUGGUGACGGUGACGCCCUGGCUGGCUCCUGUGGUCUGGGAGGGAACCUUUAACCCGGUUCUACUCGACAGCAUCUACAAUAAAAAGAACGUCAGCAUCACAGCCACCGUGUUCGCUGUUGGAAAGUACAUCAUGUUCCUGAAAAACUUCCUGGAGACAGCAGAGCAGCACUUCUUCAUUGGUUUCAAGGUGCACAUUUGUGUGUUCACCGACCGGCCAGAUGAGGUGCCCCAAGUCAGAAUGGCCACCGGCAGACAGCUGACGGUGCGUUCGGUGCCGAGCUCCAAGCGUUGGCAGGAGAUCUCCGCUCGAAGGAUGGAGCUCAUCCAGUCACUGAUCGAGGAGCAGCUUCCCAACGACAGCGGCUACAUCUUCUGUCUGGACGUCGACUCUAAGUUCCACGGCCGAUGGGGGACGGAGUCACUGGGCGGACUGGUUGCCGUGAUACAUCCAGGUUACUAUAGAGACGACCGCAGCAAGUUCCCCUACGAGCGGAGUCCCGAGUCCAGAGCCUACGUGGCUCCUGGUGAAGGAGACUUCUACUACUGUGGGGGGGCGUUUGGAGGUCUUCUGCAGGAAGUACAUCAGCUCGCCAAAACCUGCAGAUCCAACUUUGAGUCUGAUGCCAAAGAGGGCAUCGAGGCUGCCUGGCAGGAGGAGAGUCACCUGAACAGGUACAUGUGGAUCAACAAGCCCAGUAAGGUGCUGUCACCUGAGUACCUUUGGCAGGACUUCAAACCCAAAAACCCAGAAGUUCACAUCAUCAGGUUCUCUGGAGUUAUCAAGAACUACGCUGAGAUCCGACCCAACGCCUGAGAGUCCGGGCCGGA